UUCAAAGAACGUUGCAUAAAUUUAGAUAUAUUCUAUAUUUUAAGGUUCAAAUUAGCAGUGAGCAUAUACUUUACAAGCUUUUGAUUGCAUCAAAUCAAUACGAAAUCAUUGAUAAGUGUAAAUCUAGCAUAAGUUCGUCUUGAAACUCUUCUAACUGGAGAUUGAAAAAGACGAACGCUGCCAAGGACAGGACAAGCUAGGAAAUGGGAAUGUCCUCUAUACAACCACAUGGAAUGGGAUGAAUCUCACGAAAACAUUUUGAAUGUUUAUGUGAAAAGGAUUAAAGGCGAACAAAUACUGUGUUAAAGGAAUACAUUAUAGCAACACAAUAAAAUGUCCAGGUGGAAUUCAGCAAAACGCCUUGUUUUAUAUGGCCUAGCUGCAGGUGGCGUUGGAACAGCAUCAGUAUACAUGAUAUCAAAUAGGAGGAAGCAUAUUGCACAGGAUAACCCAAAUGUAUCUGCUGAGAGGUUGAACCAGCCCCUGCCUACAAGAGAGGAACAACUGGCCUCCCUGGAAAAUGACCAGUUUGAUGUGUUGGUGAUAGGAGGAGGAGCCACAGGGGCAGGAGUUGCUUUAGAUACUACAAGCAGAGGUUUGAAGACUGCCCUUGUGGAAAAGUUUGAUUUUUCUUCUGGGACAAGCAGUCGCAGUACAAAGUUAAUUCAUGGAGGAGUGCGUUACCUACAAAAGGCAGUUUUUAAUUUGGAUUUGGAACAGUACCGAAUGGUGAAAGAAGCCUUAGCAGAAAGGGCGAACCUCCUAAAGAUUGCUCCACAUCUCUCGUAUCCAUUGCCCAUUAUGUUGCCUAUCUACAAAUGGUGGCUUGUUCCUUACUACUGGGCAGGAAUCAAGUGCUAUGAUUUGGUGGCAGGAAAACAAACACUGAAAUCAAGUUAUCUGCUUUCAAAGAGUCAAGCCUUAGAACUAUUUCCAAUGUUGAAGAAGGACCAAUUGGUGAAUGCUUUGGUGUAUUAUGAUGGUCAGCAUAAUGAUGCCAGAAUGAACAUUGCCAUUGCCCUAACUGCUGCUAGACUUGGGGCCUCCAUUGCCAAUCAUGUUGAGGUGACAGAAAUUUUGAAAAGUGAAGAUGAAAAUGGGAAGCUUGUCUGCAGUGGUGCCAAGAUGAAAGACCGCAUUACAGGCAAAGAGUUUGAGGUCAAAGCUAAAUGUGUGAUCAAUGCCACUGGGCCAUACACAGAUUUAAUCAGAACUAAAGAUGACAAAACAAUACCCAAAAUUUGCCAGCCCAGUUCAGGAGUUCAUGUUGUACUACCAGAUUAUUACAGCCCAGAGAGAAUGGGUCUCCUAGAUCCAUCUACCAGUGAUGGCAGAGUAAUUUUCUUUUUACCAUGGCAGAAGGCCACUCUGGCAGGUACAACUGAUAGGAAAUGUGAAGUCACAGACAACCCUAGUCCAUCAGAAGAAGAGAUUGCUUUUAUUUUACGUGAAAUUCAAAAAUAUCUUGGCCCAGAUGUAGAAGUGCGCCGUGGUGAUGUGCUGUCUGCAUGGAGUGGCAUUAGACCCUUGGUGUUAGACCCCAAUGCUAAAGAUACUCAGUCUAUUGCCAGGAAUCACAUUAUUGAAGUCAGUGGAACCAACCUCAUCACUAUUGCAGGUGGUAAAUGGACAACUUACCGCAGUAUGGCAGAGGAGACUGUGGACAAGGCCAUAGCUGUCUGCAAUCUCAAGCCCAAAAAUGGAUGUGUGACUAAGGGCCUGUUACUUGAUGGUGCUGCUGGCUGGACUCCUACUAUGUUUAUCAAGCUGGUGCAGGAUUUUGGUCUGGAGAAUGAGGUUGCUCAACACCUCGCUGACACCUAUGGUGAUAAAGCUUUCAAAGUAGCUAAGAUGUGCUCUCUGACUGGAAAGAGGUGGCCUGUGGUGGGCAAGAGAUUGCAUGAAGAGUUCCCUUAUUUGGAGGCAGAGGUCCGUUAUGCGUGUCGUGAAUAUGCAAGGACAGCUGUGGAUGUGAUUGCACGGCGGACAAGACUCUCCUUCCUAAAUGUCCAUGCCUGUGAGGAGUCCUUGCCAAGAAUUGUGGAAAUUAUGGGAGAAGAGUUGGGUUGGAAUGCUGCAAAAAAGAAGGAGGAAAUUGAGCAUGCCACAGUAUUCCUCAGAAAAGAAAUGGGUCUACAGCUAGGCAAAGGACUGAGGGAUAUACCUGUCAACCUUAGCAAGGGAGACAUAGAUAAAUACAUGAAGAAGUUCCGUGAGCUAGAUGGAGACAACAAGGGCUACAUUACAGUUAAUGAUAUCAGGAAACAUUUGAAGGAAGAGCCAGAUUUAUACUUAAGGAAAUCUGGUGAGCGUGUGACUGGUGAACAGCUCCAUGAUAUUCUCAAUGACGUGGACCUUGCUAAAAAUGGACAAGUUUCCACUGGAGAGUUUUUGCAGUUGAUGCAUGCCAUUCAAACUGGAGCUGUGGCACACAGUCGUUUAGCUACUGCCACUGGGUUAGACAAAGAGAGGAAAGCCAUCCCUGUCAACCGCAGUGGUGGAGGGGUGUAAAGUAGAACACUGUAUGGAGUUCCGAGUCUGUCUUCAAGCAUCAACUUUCUGACAUGGUUCUGAACCAUAGUCAUCAGAAUCUUAACAUUAAUUCAAGAGACGUUUUUUUGGAAUGAAAAAAAAAUGUUUGUUUAAUAUUGUAUAAACGGUUCUCAGCACAACAGUUGUAUGAAUUACAAAUUUCAGAGCACCGCGCCAGGUCAGAUAUGAAGAAUACUCCCAAAGAUGAAAAUAACCUCAAAUUAUCUGGAUACAGGCUUCCCAAUAAAAGAUCAACAUAUUAUAAUAAGCUUCAUUAGAAUUCCAGUUGCAUUUUUUUUUUUUUUUGAUCAGGUGUCUUUCUUACUUUUGAGCACUUCUUAGAAAAUUGGUUUAUAAUUUUUAACUUGAGUUUCUUGUUGUACAUCUUUUGUAGGGCAAUGUUUUUAAUUUUGAUAUGCUAAGACUUAAUUUGACAGCAUUUUCUUUCCUAGGUGUAAAAAUAAACUGCCAUUUAAAUUUU